AUGUUAUAUUACUUUAUAAAAAAGCAGUUUCGUGCCAGACAGCACCCAGAAGAAAGGGCCGACAAAGCAGAAAAGGCGAAGCAAAAGCGCCCAUGUCGGCACCAAAGGCGAAAUCAAAUCCAGGCAACCGAGUUGGAUCCUGUUCCUUUUGAUGAAUCUAGAAAUCAACAUGAUCCGACAAGCGCAAAUCUACUUUCACCCCCAGAUCCGGCCCAUGAACAAAUCCCCUCAAAUGGACCAUGUGAGAAAUGCAAAAAGGAGAAGCACGAUGCGAGGGUUUACCGUUCAAAGUUGAUUGCCGGUCUGGUAUUCCCAUAUUUUCUCGCAUCAGUCGAUUUGACUAUCGUUGCGUCUGCAAUGCCUUUCAUAGCUUCCCAUUUCACUUUCGGCCAACUAGCUGAUGUUUAUGGCCGCCAUUUUGUUCUGCAACUCGCCAUGUUCUUAAUGCUCGUUGGCAGUGUGUUCUACGCCGCGGCCCGGACUUGGGGGAUGUUACUUUUUGGCAGAGCGUUGCAGGGAACAAGCUCUGCGGGAAUCAUGAAUUUGAUUGAGAUCGUACUGGCGGAUAAUGUGUCACUGAAAGAGAAUGCGAAGAACACCACUAUUUUUCAAUUCGUAUCUGGGGUCAGUUAUGGUGUGGGCCCAGUCAUUGGAGGGUAUUUAACUGAUGCUAAUUGGCGCUACUGUUUUGUUAUAAGUAUACCAAUCGCUGUUUUUGCCCAUUUCGCAAUAUUCUUCUUACUCCGUAAGGAGCUAGUCAGGGGCACACAUCUCGCGAGAAGUUCUUCAUCCAUUUUAUCAGGACUCGCCACCAUUGACUCCGGCGGUACCGUACUGUUCAUUCUUGGAAUCGGCCUUAUCAUCUUAGGCACUAGUUGGGGAGGCGCAACGUACCCAUGGACUUCAGCCGCUGUUCUUGUUCCCUUGAUUUCUGGGUCGAUUUUAUUUUCGCUCUUUUUUGUUUAUGAGUACUACCUCGAACCGGGACGAGUACUUUCAAGGGUCUUCCCACAACAAACUCCCAUGGUUCCGUUCCCCAUGUUCAAAGUAAAGGAUACAUCGCUUCUAGCUAUUCUUGAGUUCGCUACCGGAGCAGUCGGUGUAUACUUGGCCAUGUUCGCGUGUAAUGUCUGGCCAGCGCAAACCUUCACACCGCUUAGUGCGGGUACAUUAAUCGAAACCGUGGGCGUUGCCCUUAUCACCUGGGCUGUCACCACACGCAAUAUACCUCUGGUCAAUGGAAUGAUGGCUGUCGCCGGUGCGGGGACGGGUCUUCGAUUCAUGCCCUCUUCAUUACACGCAGCUGGGAUCUGGCCAGACAAAAUUGCGCCCGCCAUGUCCAUCAUGAGAUUUUGUCUUCCCUUUGGAGGCACAUUGGCACUCGCUAUCAUGGGUAGUGUUUUCAACAACAAGAUGACUAGCAUUUUCCAUCCAAAUUCGGAGUCUCAAAAUGGUGGUAUUGACAUUCAAUCGAGCCAGAGUUUGGAUGAUAUCAGCAAGCUUCCGCUAGAGGUGCAAGAGCAUAUCCGUACUACAGGAAAAGACGCGGUUAUGUGGGCUUUUAUAUCGAUAAUGCCGAUUAUGGCGAUUAGCUUUGUUACCGGAAUCUUUCUGGGUAAUGUGUGGAUUAAAAAGAAGGGCGGAGGAAGCGAAGACCAGAUCGGGAAAGACGCUUCUACUUCUCCAGCUGACGAUGACGAAGAUAUCGAAAGUAAUGAGGUUGUGUACGUCUCGUACCUUUGGGCACGGGUAACGGGAACCUUAGACGAGAAAAAACGCAUCACCAGACCCCUUACCAAAGCCGAAAAGCAAAGACAGGCUGCAGCCUUGCUCGAAGCAAAAACAGCAGCGGGCAAAGCUCAGAGACGAACCAUCAGACGUUGA